UGAACGAUGGCGACAACGGUAAAGAGAGAGAGAGCGAGGGAAAACAAAAAACAACAAGGCAACCGAAUAUCAUUGUGAUAAGUGUUUAUGGCACUUUUUGGAGAGCCAAUUAUCGGUUUCUGUUUGAGUCAUGAAAAUCCUUUAGAAUAGUGGCGUGCACACAGAGCGUCGGCAGGUUUCCUCUCACACAGAGACAGGCUGACAGGGACGUGUGUGGUAGGCAGGGAGGAAUGCCUCUCCCUUGGAUUGGUACAGUACGUCCAAUGUUGUUCAUACCCAGAACAACCAACUUGCUGAUUGAAGACUACUGCCACUUUGAUCUGUUAGGGCGCCAACCAAUAAUGGCCCAAAGGAUAAGCAGUAGAAAUGUUAUUGAGGAGUAUGGAUCCAGCCCAUGAUCAUCUGCAGCUCCAGCAGACGUUCUCCCAGACAUCUGUCUAACUUCUCAACCAAGGACAGCAUGAACCGAAAGCUGUGUGCUCAGAUUCCAAAGGAGGAAAAACAGAGGAGGAAUGAGGCUUGAAAGAAGAUCACAGGCAUACUCGUCCCAGCUGCCCCAGCUGUGCAUAGCAACAUCCCAGAGGGAACCAGUGAAUCAUGAGGCUGGUGUGGAAGUCCAUGGACAAAAUGAGGUGCUUCAGGAAACGCUCUACCAUUCCUUUCCUGGGAUUGCUGAUCACCUGUCUCCUCUUUCUCAACCUGUACAUUGAGGAUGGUUACGUAGUGGAAGAGGAUAAAAGACAGCUGAGGGAAACAUCCGUACAUCCUCCACACUCAGAGAGCUACGUUCACACCUUGAGAGAUCUUACUAAUUUCUCUGGGACCAUAAACGUCACAUAUCGUUACUUGGCUGGAAACCCUUUGCCUCGCAAGAAAUAUCUUACUAUUGGGUUGUCAUCUGUCAAAAGAAAAAGAGGAAAUUAUCUAAUGGAAACAAUCAAAUCAAUUUUUGACCAGUCCAGUUAUGAUGAGCUGAAAGAGAUUGUGGUUGUUGUCCACCUGGCCGACUUUGACCUUACCUGGUGUGAGAAUCUUGUUCAGGAAAUCUCCAGGAAGUUUGCUCACCACAUCAUAGCCGGAAGGCUUCUGGUGAUUCAUGCCCCUAAGGAGUACUACCCACCCCUGGAGGGGCUGAAAAGGAACUAUAAUGAUCCGGAAGACAGGGUCCGUUUCCGCUCCAAACAAAACGUGGACUACGCCUUUCUCCUGAAUUUCUGCACCAACCUCUCUCAUUUCUACAUGAUGCUUGAGGACGAUGUGCGCUGCUCAAAGAACUUCCUGACAGCCUUGAAGAAAGUGGUCACCUCAAGAGAAGGUUCCUAUUGGGUGAUGCUGGAGUUCUCCAAGCUUGGCUACAUUGGGAAACUGUACCACUCAAAGGACCUGCCACGCUUGGCCCACUUCCUCCUUAUGUUCUACCAGGAGAUGCCCUGUGACUGGCUUCUCAUUCAUUUCCGGGGCCUGCUGGCCCAAAAAGAUGUUAUCCGUUUCAAACCCUCCCUGUUCCAACACAUGGGAUACUAUUCCUCCUAUAAGGGGGCAGAGAACAAGUUGAAGGAUGAUGAUUUUGAGGAAGACUCCAUUGACAUUCCUGACAAUCCUCCAGCCAGCCUUCACACAAACAUCAAUGUAUUUGAGAACUAUGAUGCCACCAAGGCAUAUAGCAGUGUGGAUGAGUACUUUUGGGGAAAGCCUCCCUCCACGGGUGACUUUUUUGUCAUAGUGUUUUACAGAUCAACCAAGAUUAGCAAAAUCAAGAUCGCCACAGGAACGGAUGAUCGACAGAAUGACAUCCUUCACCGUGGAGCUCUAGAAGUGGGAGAGAAGUUAGUCGGAACGAAGAAAGGGACACAGUGUUCUUCAUACAUAACAUUAGGAGAAUUUAAAAACGGCAACAUUGAGGUACAAGAUGUGGACCACAAGAUAGGCUUUGACAUUGAGUGUGUGCGUAUUGUGGUGACUGCGAGUCAGAAAGAAUGGCUUAUCAUAAGAAGCAUAAGCUUGUGGACUACUCAGCCACUAAGUCAGUGAUGACCGCACAAAAACACAGUACGUCAUGUUACACUGGGGUAUUUAUUGUUUCAUGACCAUAUUUACUUGUCAUUGUAUUAUUCAAUUGAUUGUUUUUGCAUUUGUGCAGUAUUUUUACCUGUCUUAUUUAGUAUUUGUACAUAAAAGUCCUACUAUAAAAUUCCUGAAAUCAUUAGUCAUGACAUCAUUACAUAACAUUUCUUAGGACUGUUUAAUUGAUGAAACAAGUCAAAAAUGUAAAUUUACAUAUCAUUCCAGAAACACGGUUUUGAAAAUAUUUCUGCAUAACUCAUACUUAGACUUUGACUCACACAUAACAUUAACAUUAAUACAACCUAUAGAGAAAUCUAGUCAUUGGGUCUUCAAUAAUGUUACUCAACAGAAUAUCUUUCGAGAACAGUAGCCUUUGGACAAUACUUGUAGCAUAAUUCCAAUGUGUUUUGAAACACAAAUGCCACUAUUUUACCUUUUGUCAUUCCUAACAUUACCAUUUUGAAAUAAAAUAAGUCUUUUUUUACAUAAUUUACCUCUUCAUCAUUGUUACCGUGUCUGGCCUGAGCUUACUUUUGAGGAUCAGAAGUGGGCUUUGCCAUUUUACUCGCCCUGUAUGUUCUGUCAGAAACACUGAUAGGUGAAACAUGUUCUCCCAUCUUCUCUUAGAACAGAGAUUGGGUUGCACCUUGAAGAAUGGGGUGGACCUAAUCGCACCCUCUUCUCCAGCACAGCACAAUUUUGCCCAAGUAAAUUGGUCUGUGUUUCACUCGCUCUUUUAACACCAGCAAACAACAACCCCCCUGGAGCUAGGA